AUGCCUACCCAGUCGUCUGUAGCGUGCAAUCUGCCCACGGAGAUACUGUCAUAUAUCUUCGCGCUCGUGAGAGAUGCUUGGCCACCCACGAGAACGGACCCGCCAGACGAGGGUGGACAAACAUACGACCUCGGCUGCAUAUAUAUAACGCACGUCUGCGGGCUCUGGCGUAAGGUCGCGCUGGGGACACCCACUCUUUGGACCAACAUCGACGCAUGCCUCGAUAUUCCCCUUGGUCUUGUGCCCUCGAUACUGAAACGCUCAGGGAGAUUACCCCUUAGUCUUACAUUCAGUCUGCCCAACGAUGAGGAGCGACGCCGUACUCCUGAUAUCCAGACCAUUCUUUCGACAUGGUUGACCGACACCGUCUGUUCACGUCUGCUCUCGCUGACACUCGAGUGGUUUGAUCGAGUUGAGAUCGACCAUGUCCGGCCGUACUUGAUUAGAUGCAUGGAGUCUCUCGAGCGGUUCAUCUUCACGGCGAGCAACUUGAGUGACAAUACCGGAGGGGCGACGCAACUUCCACUCGACGUCUGCAACUCAAUCAAGGGAUCUCAGCUCCGCGAGCUGUGUCUCGACGACUUGAUGCCCGUGUGGGAGCCUGCUACCUUUUGCACAACACUGACUGUACUUGAACUGCACUCAUAUACCGGGAUACCCAAUCCGAUGCUUCCCACGUUUCAGCAGUUGGCCGAUGCAUUGACGUCUCUACGCUCACUCGAACGACUCAGUCUUUCCGACAUGUUCCCAGACUCGGAGGACCUGCCGAGCCAUGAUCAUUACUUCAGCCGGAUAGGACUGCAGCCCGGGUUCAAAGAGCUCGAGAUUGCUACCUAUGAUGCAGUGGAGAGUGCACUGGAUCUGCUAUCUCAUCUAGUACUUCCACCCUCAUGUACUUGUCACGUCGAGAUCUGCGAUGCAGAAGGAAUACCUGUAGGCUCAGCGCGCCAAGACGUCUUCACGGCUCUAGUCAUCACUCUGUAUCACAUCAGAGGCGUGGAGCAUCCUCCCGUCAAGCUCAUCAUUGACGCAAACAUGAUACUCCUCUGCCAGAGCGAGCAUGCUCAUCCUGCCCGGUGUACCGCGGACUUGUCUAUGAGUCAAGACGCGUACUGUCUUCAGCCGGGCGAUACCCAACUGCACGUCCUUAACGGUGCCUCUUCUGAGUCGGCCAACCCCACACGUGGCAUAUUUGCGACUCCUCUGCAGAGCUUGCGCGCCAUCGGUAUUCAAGACGGCGCCCUCCAAAGUAUAGUUCACGAUGACAUACUCUCGGGACUGACCGCCGCCUGUGGCGUGCGCAGGUUGGACAUCGAACUUCUUGAUAGCAAGGCCUUCCUGCUUGAGCUAACGAAACGAGUGCACGGGGGCUAUCACAUCUUCCCUCUCCUCGAGAUCAUUCACUUCCACAGAGGUCAUCAUGGUGGCGCCUCCAAAGUGGAGACGGAGAACUUGGAGACCGAGUGUGAUGCAGACGUUUUUGCGCUCGUUGAUCUUGCGAAGGAUCGUAAGAAGAAAGGUGCGCCGCUGCGGGAAGUCUCCGUUGAAAAGGUGUUCGCCGAGUGGAAUGCAUGGGAUGCGGUACGGUCAUAUGUGUCGGUCACUGUACUUGACUCGUAA